AUGUCAGAUAUUCAGAAGCUACCCCCAAAGAUUCAAUAUUUGAAGUUGAAAAGAACAACGGAGCUUAACGGUAGGUUGAAGAAGGAGUUGGCUCGUGAGCGAAUAACGGCAUCCAAUGCAUGUUUGAAUAUCAUAGAUUAUACUUCAACGAACAAAGAUUAUGCCAUACCUCAGUUGUGGGGAUAUAUGAAGCCGGGUGAAAAUCACUUUAGGGAUGAUGGUGAGAAAUUGCAAAAGCGAGGGGGUUCUGGUGAAGUCAAGACCUGCUGCUGUAUUAUGUAA